AUGCGCCAGAAGGUGGGGCGCGUGGACGACUCGGCGGCUGUGUGAAAUGGCGGCUCUGGUUUAAACACACUGAGGCGAUUCCAGUUAAUUUUAGGAGCGGUCUCAGAACGGUUUGCUUCAUUUGCACCACUCAGACAGUCACUCAGAGGGAAAGAGCGGAACUUGCCACGUAUUAAAGCACAGGUGUGAUGGCGAAGAGGAUCGCUGACAAAGAGCUAACAGACAGGAACUGGGAUCAGGAGGAGGAGGGAGAGGAGGCCGGGACCUUUUCUGUUGCAAGUGAGGAUGUGUUGAAGAGUCGACCGAUAAAGAAGGCCAAACGCAGAAACACUGGAGAGAGCGAAGGAGGAGGAGCAUUCAAAGGGUUUAAAGGCUUUUCCAUGGCCACGUCCUCUGCGUCUGUGACUGCGUUCUCUGGGCUUGGGAACGCCGGGGGCUUUAAAGGCUUCGGAGGUCUGAGCAACGGGAACAGCACGCCUCCGUCGUUCGGAGGUUUCUCGUCUCCUGCAAAGUCUGCGGCUGCAACCGGUGUAACGUUCAACGGACCGUCCUCCACGCAGCCCGCUGCUGACAUCACCGCCCAGCAGACCAACGGCUCCGCCCCCAGCCCCACUCAGAGCUCCUGCAGCAGCAACAAGGAGUACAGCCGGCAGCUCACAGCGCUCAACUGCUCCGUGCGCGACUGGAUCACCAAGCAUGUGAACAACAACCCGCUCUGCGACCUCAACCCCAUCUUCAGGGAUUACGAGCGCCACCUCGCCAGCAUCGAGCGGCAGUAUGGAGCCGGCGCCACCGACGGCGGCUCAGAGGAGAAGAAGCAGGGAGCCACAUCCACCCCUCCUCCUCCUCCCUCCUCAUCUUCCUCCUCCUCCAGCAGCAGCAGCUCAGCAGCUCCAUCAGCUGCUUUGUUCUCCUUCAGCAAAAACACGACCGAGGAUCCGACUCCGAAAAGCUCCAGCUCUGCUCCAAUCCCUGCCGGAGUCACCUUUAAGUUCGGCGAGAAGGUGGACAGCUCAGCCCUGGGAUCAUUAGCGUCUAAAUCCUCCAUCCCCAGCUUCUCCUUCUCCUCCUCCUCCUCCAGUCAGACCUCCUUGUUUGGAGCUCCAGGACCCGCAGCGCCACUGUCCUUCAGUGGGAACAAAACCGCAGACGCUCCAGCUGCAGUCGACAACGGAGACGAAGAGUCAGAGGAGCCUCCAAAACCAGAGGUGAAGGAGGUGAAAGAGGAUGACGCUUUCUACUCAAAGAAGUGUAAAUUAUUCUACAAGAAGGAGUCGGAGUUCAAAGAGAAAGGAGUGGGAACGCUGCACCUGAAACGCACCGCCGAGGGAAAGACCCAGAUGAUCGUCCGAGCCGACACCAACCUGGGAAACAUCCUGCUGAACAUCAUCGUGCCGCCGUCUAUGCCGUGCUCACGGGUGGGGAAGAACAACGUGAUGGUGGUCUGCGUUCCAAACCCAGCCGUCGACGACAAGAGCCCGACGACCCCCGUCCCCCUCCUGAUCCGAGUGAAAACCGCUGAGGACGCUGACGAGCUCCAUAAGACCCUGGAGGAGAAGAAAGGCUGAGCCUCUUCCCCCUUCAAAACCAGCCAGCACCGCCCUCCCUGAGCUUUAAGCAGACCCGCCCCCCCCCCCCCCCCUCUCACACUGUUGCACCGACUCAUCCUGGUCGAUCAGCUGUUCAGUCAUCAUGCUGUGAAAUGUUUUUGUUUUAAAUCUGAAGCAGGUCGUUGUGCGGCUACAUUCCCUCUGGUUCCACGCCACAAUCCCAAUUUUACUGUUUUAAUCUGAACGUCAGGACUGAAAUGUGAAUCCAGACAAGUCGGGUUUUUUGUUGGGGGGGGCUCCAAAUGAUGGGCCAGUCAAUUUGGUUUUACAAAUUAAACAUCUGCAGUAACUUUUUUUUUUUUUUUUUAAUAGAUUUUAACGAGCGUUAAGAGUGAAACUGCUGAGUGAAUGUUCUGGAAACUAUUUAUUGUGUCUGCAGGAUUUUUACUCUGACAGAAGCUCGAAUGAAACGGUGUGGGAGUGUGAAGCAGACCACUUUAACUCGCUGUUGUCCUGUAAACACGAACUGUGGCUUUCCAAGUGUCCUUUGUUCGGCCUUCAGGAGGAGACUCUCGGUCAUCGUCUGACAACAUUUGUAAAGAAUAAACGGAAACAAACAAUC